UUUCUACUUGGGCUAUGAACGUCUCCCGAUCUACCAGCUCACACUCAACGACGCCGGCGAUAACGACUACAAAUACCACCCGCCAGACCACAAGACGAGUUCGAUUCGAUUUAAUACCCUAUUAAUAUCUUGCCCAACAUGUGGAUUGUCAACUGGUUCUACGAUGUGCUGUCCUCGCUGGGACUGCUUAACAAGCACGCCAAGCUCCUUUUCCUGGGCCUCGACAAUGCGGGAAAGACGACUCUUCUGCACAUGCUGAAGAACGACCGUGUGGCUAUCCUCCAGCCCACUCUCCACCCCACCUCCGAGGAGCUCGCCAUCGGCAACGUUCGAUUCACCACCUUCGAUUUGGGCGGUCACCAGCAGGCUCGCCGUAUCUGGAGAGACUACUUCCCUGAGGUCAACGGUGUCGUCUUCCUCAUCGACGCCAAGGACCACGAGCGAUUCCCCGAGGCCAAGGCCGAGCUCGACGCCCUCCUGUCCAUGGAGGAGCUUGCCAAGGUUCCCUUCGUCAUCCUCGGCAACAAGAUCGACCACCCCGACGCCGUCUCCGAGGACGAGCUGCGACACCAGCUGGGUCUUUACCAGACCACUGGAAAGGGCAAGGUUCCUCUGGAGGGCAUCCGGCCGCUUGAGAUGUUCAUGUGCUCCGUCGUGAUGCGACAAGGCUACGGCGAUGGCAUUCGCUGGUUGUCGCAGUACGUGUAAGAGCGAGCGAGCGAGCGAGAUACGGGGAGGAAGUGUUGCCGAGAGCUAUACCAGUUUGGAGGAUUGAGGGUCGGGGAGGGAUG